UAAUAAUAAUAAUAUUAAUUUCUCUCCCGGUUUUGCAUUUCUCAAUCCAACAACCCCAAAAGUUGUUUUCCACUAUUCGUAUUCAAUUCGCUAACGACCAACUUUUUCUUCUUUGCGUGAAUUUUGUCGCCGAUAACUCAAAAAAGUCCACCUUUUUUUUGUUUUUUGCCCCCUCUUCCAAGCUUUGAUCGCUGCUCUGCCAUGGCUGAAAACCCCAUUUCUGGUGACUUCAAUUCUCUUUCGCUGAACGAAAAUGGAGGUUCGGUUGAGGCGGGCCAUCUCCCUCUCGUUGUUUGCUUCGGCGAAAUGCUGAUCGAUUUUGUGCCGACAGUUGGCGGAGUUUCGCUCGCUGAAGCUCCUUCCUUCAAGAAAGCGCCAGGUGGCGCCCCUGCUAACGUAGCUGUUUGUAUAGCCAAGUUAGGAGGCUCUGCAGCUUUUAUCGGAAAGGUAGGAAAUGACGAAUUUGGGCACAUGCUAGCCGAUACAUUGAAAGACAACAAAGUCGAUAAUUCCGGUGUUCGAUUCGACCACAAUGCAAGAACUGCAUUGGCUUUUGUCACACUCAGAGCAGACGGCGAACGAGAAUUCAUGUUCUACCGUAACCCUAGUGCCGACAUGCUUCUGCACGAGUCUGAACUCGAUACAGAUCUCAUUAAAAAGGCUACCAUAUUUCACUACGGUUCGAUCAGUUUGAUCGAAGAGCCAUGCAAAUCGACACAUCUUGCUGCAAUGGGCAUUGCCAAGAAUGCGGGUAUUUUACUAUCUUACGACCCGAAUCUGAGAUUGGCCUUGUGGCCUUCGGAAGAUUCCGCUCGAGAGGGCAUCAUGUCUGUGUGGGACCAAGCUGAUUUUAUCAAGAUAAGCGAAGAGGAGAUUUCGUUUUUGACCCAAGGUGACGACCCGCAGGAUGAUGAUGUGGUGAUGACUAAGCUUUUUCAUCCUAAUCUUCGUCUUUUGCUCGUGAGUGAAGGGAAAGCUGGCUGCAGAUAUUACACAAAGAAAUUUAAGGGAAGAGUUCCUGGUGUGAAAGUGAAGUCCGUUGACACAACCGGUGCCGGUGAUGCAUUUACGGGCGCUGUACUUUUCUGUUUAGCAUCAGAUGUGAAUCUUCUUGAGGACGAGGAAAAGUUGAGAGAGGCUCUUGUGUUUGCAAAUGCUUGUGGGGCCCUCACGGUGACUAAGAACGGAGCUAUUCCGGCCCUACCUACGAAAGAGGAAGUCGAACAAAUUAUCGGGCAAGUUUCUGAGUGAGAAGAAACAAAUGCAGUAACUAUCAUUUCAUUUCUUGUAGUUAUUUUUUUAAAAGAAAAUUAAUUUCUGUUAUUACUUAUUAGUAAUAGGAAAAUAGGGGAGGGGCGAAUUCGAACCCGAGAACGUGACCCUAAAUAAUAAAGGCUGCUUAUCGUCUCGAUUGAUGUAUCGGUUCUUGUAGUUGUGAAUGAACAAUUAACAAUACAAUCAGCAAAAUUUGUCACCAUUUUAAUGUUUGUUGGAUUCUAUGCUGAAAAAAAGCUAAUUCUGAAGUUUUGAUUAAAUGACAUUUGUUUGAUU